AUAAGUUUGUUUUGAUUCACACGUGGUGCAGACCGCUAGAAGUCGUUCGUGCACUUCCGGAAAACUUCUGCAUUAAGCAGAUUUUCACACAGCAAAUUCAUCAUGUACAUGCUGCGUAUUUGUAGCUUUUGUCUUAGAACACACAAGCCAAAAAUUGGAGUCAGAAUCGGUCUUCAUCCCCACCGAUCUGCCUCGAGAAUUUCAUUCGAUGAGUCGUCACCAGACAGGGUUGAUGGUACAAGUUAUUUCCUUGAAGUGAACAAAAGCUUUUCAGGUUUUCCGUCUUCACAACGUCAGUUGCAAGGCAGUUGCAAAGUACAGCAGCUAGUAGCAAAACACUUCUCAUCAGCUUUGUAUACUCCUCUGUCAGAAGCGGACCAUGUACCGUUUGUCUUGAAACCAGAAAUUGACUUUGAUGGAAUUUUUGGAGACCUAAGCGAGUUGGAAAAGAAUUUGGAUGCCAGGGGCCAUAAAGUCAAUGUAUCAAAACUGAUUUCAUUGUGGGGGAAGCUCCAGAAGUUUGAACAGGAGAAAAGUUGCAUCGAGGAUCGCAGGUCAAAGGUCAAUGAGGAUAUUAAACGUUUGAGAAAAAAGGGUGGGGCAAAAGAACAGAAAGACAAACUGCAACAGAUGGGAAAGUCACUUCGUGAGGAAUUACGCCAGAUUAAUUUUUCUAUAGCCUCAUUGUCAGACGAGUUUUAUCCUGCUGUUCUCAAGCUCCCUAACAAGUUACAUCCUGCCGUGUCUCUCUUUUUUCAAACACAGCCGUGUGGGAGUAUGCUGAAGAUUCUGGAGACAUUUGGAACUGACAAAGAAGAAAAGAGCGACAAGCCUAAAGAGCAGUCGCCAAACAUAUUUCUAACAGAAAGUCACCCUAUGUCCCAUGGAGGCUAUGCUUACCUAGAGCACGAGGCUGCUCUGCUGGAGCUAGCAUUGACCCAAUGGGUAAAGCAGCAACUCCUAGAUCAAGGAUUUACCCCACUCUCCUGCCCAGCUAUGUACAAGUCUAUUGCACUGGAAUCACUUGGUCUAGAUCCAGACAACAGCAAUGAGACAUAUGCCAUUGAGACUCACGAGAAUGUACAAUAUCUAGCAGGAGUCAGUUCCUUGGCUUUUGUUGCUUACUUCAUGAUGUCUGUUGUUGAAGCAUCUGAUUUACCCUACAGGUGCUUUACAGUUGGAAGAAGUUACAAACAACAUCAAGAAUCUACUUAUUUUGAGGGACUUCAAGAAAGUUUCCAGUCACAGAGGGUUGAACUGUUUGGAGUUUGUGAGAAUACUGAAGCAGCUAGUAAUGCUCUUUUCAAUCAGUUUCUGAGUACAGCCAGGGGUCUUCUAUCACUUCUCCCUCUUCAUGGCAGAAUUGUUGAAGUUCCAAGUGCCCGUCUACUUCCCAGCAUGUACAGGAAAUGUGCCAUUGAAGUCUGGAUACCAGAUGCUGGUAAAUUUGUAGAGGUUGCCAGUGUAUCAAACUGUACUGAUUACAUCAGUCGACGAGUAAAAAUGAGAUAUCCAGCAAUACCAUCGCAGAAAGCAGCUCAGAGUAGACAACGUAACUUCCCCCACACGGUACAUUGCACAGCACUAGAUACUUCUGUCAUACUUGCUGCACUUCUUCCCUCUGUACAUCAGCAGUUGCCAGAAGUUCUCAAGCCUUACUUACCACAAGCAAUACCAAAAUGACAAUGGAAGAGUCUGGAUAAUGUCAUUGUACGUACUGAUGUGGACAUGACCCCGGAGCAACCCCCAAGAUCACCUCUGGCCUGACUUAGUGAUGUUGAUCAAGUUGGUAUAUUCUGCACUCUUAUUAAAAUGUCUUGGAAACUUGUGUGUUGGAGUACAUUAAGGAACUCCAACGCAGUAAAAUGUAACAUGGUCCAUAUUUUAUUGAAUAUGUACAAACCAUACAAAAAUGUUCAAAUGUUUUCCACCAAACAGAACCUCAUAUUGUGCAAGAUAUAAUGAUGAAAUUCCUU